CCGCUCCAGCCCGCUCCUUCACCUGCGGGCCGGAAGCGGGAGGCUUCGGCGCUAUAAACAACAGCUCCGCCCGGGAGACGGGAGGGGGCAAGAUGGCGGCGCCGCGGGGGAGCCUCCCUGGGCUGCUGCUGUUCCUGGGCUGCGCGGCCGCGGGCUCCUCCGAGGCGUUUGACUCGGCGCUGGGCAGCACGGCGUCGUGCCAGCGGGCCUGCCAGCUGACCUACCCCCUGCACACCUACCCCAAGGAAGAGGAACUGUAUGCAUGUCAGCGAGGCUGCAGACUGUUUUCUAUUUGUCAGUUUGUGGAUGAUGGAAUUGACUUGAAUCGGACCAAACUGGAAUGCGACUCUGCCUGUACUGAAGCAUAUUCCCAGUCUGAUGAACAAUAUGCUUGCCAUCUUGGAUGCCAGAAUCAACAGCCAUUUGCUGAAUUGAGACAAGAACAAUUAAUGUCCCUGAUGCCAAGGAUUCAUCUCCUUUUCCCUCUGACAAUGGUGAGAUCCUUUUGGAGUGACAUGAUGGACUCAGCACAGAGCUUCAUAACUUCCUCAUGGACCUUCUACCUUCAAGCAGAUGAUGGCAAAAUAGUUAUAUUCCAGUCAAAGCCAGAAGUUCAAUAUAUUCCACAGCUUGAUCAAGACACAAUGGAUCUGAAAGAAUCAUUAAGCAAAACAUCUUACCUACAGCCUGGAGGGUCUCAGACACACAGAGGUUUUUUUGAAGAGGAAGGCAACAGCUUUUUCAAAUGUUUUUCUAUAAACUCUGGUUGGAUUUUAAGUACUACACUUGUUCUCUCCGUACUGGUGCUGCUCUGGAUUUGUUGUGCUACUGUUGCUACAGCUGUACAGCAGUAUGUUCCAUCUGAGAAGCUGAGCAUCUAUGGAGACUUGGAGUACAUGAAUGAACAAAAUCUGACCAGAUACCCAUCUUCUGCUCUUCUUGUUGUUCGUUGCAAGACUGAUGAACAUGAAGAAGCAGGAGCUCUACCUACAAAAGUUAAUCUGGCUCAUUCAACUAUUUAAAUACUUUUUAAAGAAUUUAAUAGGCUAAUUCUAGCAGUUCUAUCAAUUCCUGGUGGGGUUUUUUUAGGGUUUCUUUAAAUGCAGGGCUUAAUGGUCAGUGUUAAAUGCAAAUAAAGUUACAGAAUCAAAUCAGUCUCUCAUGGAAUCAAUUCUUUUCACUACUAGAGGAAAACAUCUUUAAUUUGUAGACUUCUCCCAAACAUAUGUAACUGCUUUUACUAGAGUUGGCAAUGUGUCCUUUUUGCUUACCAAAAACUAAGCAUGCUCUCUACACUUGUACCAUGGCACAUUCAAUCAGUCACUUCUAAUUUUUCUAUGAUGUAAGAGCAGAAUUAGCUCUGUAAAAGUAUGGUAUAAAUAAGUGGGCAGAAGAUGCUUAGGCUGGGCAUUUUUGGUUGUGAAUAAGAACAUUAGUAGGAAAACUAUUGGCAGUAAUUUUGUAUUAUCUGUUAAUGUCUUUGCAAAAACCUUAAACCUUUUUCCUUAAAAUAAAUUUUUUUUUACUGUUGUCAAUAUGCAGAGCAUUAAUGAGGUAUUGCAGACUGAGCUCUCACUGUCAAAUGCAAAUUUUAAGGACCUUUUUAUCUUACACACACAAUGUGACGUGCAUAUUUAUUCUUUUGACAAACUUUAGCCUUCAACUCUUCAAGAACUUCUUAGGUUAGAUUAUACUCUUUCCAAAGACUUCCCUUUAGUUAACCAGUUGGGUCCAGUUGUUCCAUUGUCAAACAAAUUAAUUACUGAAAACAGAAUAAAUGUAGCCUUUUGCUAUGGCUUGCAGUUAACCAUUAUACAUUCAGUAUGAGAUUCACCUACAGCAUCCCUCUAAUACAGUAAAAGAUUAAUCUGGUACAUUGAAGGAAUGGGGAUGAGGGGCUGCUGGUUAAUGAAACAUUCUGGUUAACUAAACUGGGGCAAGGGCUGGGGUGUAGGAGGUGGUUGGGCCAGUGUGCAGGAGGAGGGACUCCAGGUUAGGGCUGAGGGCUUCACUGUGCAGGAGAGGGUGCAGUGUUCAGACUCCAGGAAGGAGUUUCAGGGUGCUGGCUCCAGAUGGUGCUCACCUCGGGCAGCUCCCCACAAGCAGCAAAAUGUCCUUGCCUCUCCUAGGUAGAGAUGCAGCUAGGUGGCUCUGCAAGCUCUUCUGGCCACAGCACUGUCUCCACAGCUCCCAUUGGCCAUGGUUCCUCAUCAAUGAAAGCUGCAGGGUCAGUGCACAACUUCCAUGGCAGCUCCUCUGUUCAGGAGCAGCAGGGAUGUGUCCCUGCUUCCAGGGAGCCUGGUGGUCCUGUGCCAACCAGACUAGAAACCAAACUUUUACUGAAGACCAGAAAUGUAACUUUACCAGCCAGAAAGUGCUAUAAAAGUGCUGGAUAGCAUAGCUUUUACUGCAUAUGUAACUUGACCUCAUUCUGCUACGUUAGUCUUUAAAGUGCUACCAGACUAACUCUGCUACCCCCUGAAGCUUCUGAAUUGUAAACGUUAUUUUACUAACAAAACAUGUAAAUGGUAUCAUGAGCUUUUGUGGCUGUGCCCACGAAAGCUCGAUACCAUCUACAUGUUUUGUUAGUCUGGUAGCACUUUAAAGACUAUUUGUGUUAAGUUUAUCCUGUACAGACCAUUUGUUUUUACAAUCAGUAAAAAACUUGAGAUGAUUAUUCUAGCUAACCUGUUCAACACAGGUUUGUUCUUUCCUAUAGCAGCUAUAAUCUUGUGCCUGCUAGAUAUCUUGAAGAAGGCGCUGUGAUGGUUUUCCUUAAAACCCCUUUGCAAAAAUUUAGAAACUGGCCUAAAUAUCUUAUUUUGGCCAGAGUUAUUAGCGCUUUUUUUAAAAUGUCUGAUUAUAUCUACAUUCAGGUUAGAAGUAAGCAAUAGAUACUGGUUUUUGCAUAGCUUUUUGUACACUAGCAAAAAUUGUAUUUGAGAUGUUCCAGAGUAACUCAUUACAUAACUUGCUGUUCUGGUUUUAAUUAAAGUUUUGGUUGAGUGGGAGGCGAAGAUGGUUGCCGAAUGGGCAAAUUUUGAGGACUAUAUAGCUUAUGCAUUAUGGGUCCAUACUUGAAGUGCGUACCACAUACACUGUGGUGCUUGCAAUUGUGUGUUAAGCAUACACAGAGCUGCUAUAAAUCUGUUCUUUAAAAUCAUGUGCACCUUACAUUUUUUUGUCAUUAAGGUAUAAGUUGAGGGGUGUCUACUGUGUUAAAAUACAAACAUUGAAUGUUUGCCCAAUUACUAUGUAACUUUUGGUUGAUGUGGCAUUGAAAGAGGAUCUGACUUAACUAUGAAAGUUGGAGUGCAAUGCUCUUCUUAACAUCUCUAAAUAUUUAGGUUUUUGCAAGGAUCUCAAUGUGAAAGUUGUUUGUGUAGUGCUUUAAAAAUUAGCUUUUUUUCUGUAUUGUAGUAGCAAUUGUCCCAAGACUCAUUUCUAUGCAGUCAUGUACUUAAGUACACAGCCUUGUUAAAUGCAGAAUGCUGAUGUACUAAUAUUCAAUGCACCUUGAGCAAUGAUAGCUUAAGAUGCAAAUACAGACUUCAUACCAGUGGCCAUUGCUGGUAUUCUUUGCACUACCUUUGUCUGCAGGACAGUUUCAAUAACACUUUAGUUAUCCCAAAUCUUUAUAACCGGCAUUGUAAAUGUUCUUUGAAUCUGUUUUUUUUUUUUUCCCCUGUGAUGUGUAAAUGUUUAUCGCUUCACUGAAAGUAUAAUUGUCCAGUUGCCUGUUUCAGUACAAUGUAUAGCUCUAAUUGUCAAUGACUUCAAUUUUAACUCAUGCAUGUAAAACUGUUCUUCUCACUUCGUUUUUCUAAAGGUGGCUGUUUUCAAAUGUUUAAAUUUUUAAAUAAUUGGGUUAAUUAACAGUUUCUAGUUUUUUAAUAUUGAGCUGUAAUAUCUACUUAAACUUCUGGAAACCAGAAAUGAAAGGAAGGAAAAGAAUAAACAAAGGUUCAAAUCUU